UGUAUCCGUUUACAUUCUUUAGAUUUCACGAUGCUAAUGUCAGCGCAAUUUGUGAUUUCUUCUUGUUAUUUUACUUAAUCGAACUUCGUCAUGGCAACAGAUAAGCGAGUGUUCAGUUUGCUGCACCCGCACGGUCAAGGCGGAGUCUUCUUCUCAUGGCAGAAGGCGUCCGGCGGCUACCUGGCCUCCACAGGAUACAACCAGGCCGUGCAUAUCUACGACAGACAUGGCAGUCUUAAGGAGCAGAUUCACAUGCCUGGAGUUUGCUCGGGGUUUGGCUGGGAUAAGGACGGCGCCAUCCUAGCCAUCAUCAACGACAAGUCUCCACACAUCCACCUAUGGGACGCCAACACCGGUCGGAGUUCGCACCUUGACUCGGCCCUGCGCGACCAGCUUACCUUCAUGGCGUGGUCCCGCACAGCUCCCCUCUUGGCCGUGGGCACCGCCAAGGGCAACCUCAUGAUCUACAACCAUCAUACUUCCAAGCGCAUCCCCGUCGUGGGGAAGCACAGCCGUAAAAUCCACAGCGGCUGCUGGUCCGCUGGGGGCAACCUGCUGGCGCUGGGAGGAGACGACAAGAUCCUGACGAUCAGCAACAGCGAGGGCGACACGGUGCACACCGCCCCCCUGCGCGGCGAGCCCUCGGACCUGCAGUUCUCUGAGAUGAAGACCGACGAGCGCGCACUCGGCGAGAACACGGUCAGCCUUGUUGUCUCCAAGAGGACAUUAUUUCUCUUCAACAUCAACGAUCCAGAAAAUCCCAUCGAGCUCGCCUUCCAGAACAAAUAUGGCCUCAUUGUCUCAUAUAAAUGGUUCGGCGACGGCUAUAUACUGAUAGGAUUUUCUGCUGGAUAUUUCGUAGUGAUUUCCACCCACAUGAAGGAAAUCGGCCAGGAGCUUUUUCAGGCUAAGAACCAUCGAGAGAAACUGACGGACAUCGCAAUUUCCACGACGCUGAACAAGGCGGCCUCGUGCGGAGAUAACGUGAUCAAAAUCCACGAAUUGACAGAACUGAAAGACACGUCCGCCAUCUUGACUUUGGACGACGAGUCUGGCGUGGACUGGCUGGCCUGGAGCGACGAUGGGCAGCUGCUCGCCGUUGCCUGCCCGUCAGGCAACAUCCACGUGUACCUGACGAAGCUGCCGGUGUUGGGCGGCGCUCAUGGCGGGCGCAUGGCUUACCUCACGUCGCUGCUCGAGGUCACCGUCGCCAGCAUCGUCGAUAAGGAGCACCCCAUUUCGGUGAGCGUGGACGUGGAGCCCUCGUUCCUGGCCCUCGGUCCCUACCACCUCGUCGUGGGCAUGAACAACAGGGCCUGGAUCUAUGCCUUGGCCGACGAAACGGCGACCAUGCUCAGGGACAGAGACUACCUCGGCACAGUCACGUCAGUGCACGUCUCGGCUGACUACGUGUCCGUGCUAUACGAAGGACGUGUGCAGCUGCAUCUGGUGAGUGUGACGUGUGCAGCUGCAUCUGGUGAGUGUGACGUGUGCAUCUGCUGCNCCAUUCUUGGAGAUUAUCGGUGGGUGACUGGGGCCAUUCUUGGAGAUUAUCGAUUAUCGGUGGGUGACUGGACCACUCUUGGAGAUUAUCGGCACACGACGGGUAUCACGCAAAUAUAUUCAGAGCCCAGCGGCCGCCGGUUGGUGAUCAUAGACGACAAGACUGAAGGCCACGUAUAUAACCCAGUAACAGAGGAGCUACUUAAAAUUCCCGAGUUCCCAGGCGCGUCAUGUCAGGGCGUGUUGUGGGACUCCUGCCCUACAGACCGACAUGUGUUCGCGCUCUACACCGCAGCGCACCUGCUAACAUACGUGCUGCACUCUGCACACAUUAAGGGAAGUCACGUUGAACUCGUAGGCACCACAAAGGUUCCGGCCAGCCAAGUGCCUCUGCUGCUCUACAACGGCGAGUUGACUCUACAGACUACGGGUGGGAAGACGUCUGUAUUAACACUGAGCUCACAUGACAUGGAGACCAACAUACAAGACUACACAGACAAGCAGCUCAGGACAGCGCUGGAGAAGAACAUCAAGCUACGGAGGUUCAAGGACGCGGGGGCCAUCUGUCAAGUGCUCAAUAAGAAGGAAGAUUGGGAGACGCUGGGCAAAGCUUGCCUCGCGUGCCUCAACCUUGAGCUGGGUAUGCGGGUGUACAGACAAAUCGGGGACGUAGGGAUGGUGUGGUCCCUGCAGUCCACUCUGGACGUGGAAGACCCUAAGCUGCUGAGCGGCCACAUUGCCAUGUUUCUUGGGGACUUCAGUCUUGCCCAG